CGGACAUUUCCUGUCGCUUUGGCGCCGCGCCGCCUUGCGAGUUCCUUCAAGGCUGCCGAUUUGAGCGUGGAACGCAACCCUAAAUCCGCGGCCAAGCCGGACCCGUCCACGCUGGUGUUCGGAAAGCAAUUUUCGGAUCACAUGCUGACAGUGGAGUGGAAUGCCGACGGCGGCUGGGAAGCGCCACAAAUCAAACCCUUCCAGAACCUCUCGCUGCAUCCAGCCAGCUCCGCUCUGCAUUACUCCAUCGAGCUGUUUGAAGGCAUGAAGGCGUUCCGCGGCGUGGACAACCAUGUGCGCCUCUUCCGGCCCAUGCUCAACAUGGAGCGCAUGCACCGCAGCGCCAAGCGCAGUUGCUUGCCUACGUUUGACAAAGUCGAGCUGCUGGAGUGCAUCAAGAAGCUGGUGGAGUUGGAGCAGGAGUGGGUUCCGUACUCGGAGGACGCCAGCUUAUACAUCCGACCCACUUUCAUCGGAACCGAGCCGUCGCUGGGCGUGACCCGAGCCGGCCGAGCCUUGCUGUUCGUAAUCGUGGGUCCCGUGGGACCGUAUUUCGCCACGGGGUCUUUCAACCCCGUCUCGCUGCUGGCUGACCCGUCCUUUGUGCGCGCCUGGAAGGGGGGAGUCGGCGCCUACAAGAUGGGAGGAAACUACGGUCCGACCAUCGCCGUUCAGAGCGAGGCGGUUCAGCGCGGCUGCCAGCAGGUUCUGUGGUUGUACGGAGACACGGAGGAAAUCACUGAGGUCGGGACCAUGAAUCUCUUCAUCUACUGGACGGAUGAGAACGGAGAGAAGGAGUUGGUGACGCCGCCGCUGGACGGGAUCAUCCUCCCAGGAGUCACCAGGCAGUCUCUGCUGGACUUGGCCAGAAACUGGAAUGAGUUCAAAGUGACAGAGCGCAAAAUGGGCAUGAAGGAACUGCUGAGUGCGCUGGACGCCGGCCGGAUUCUGGAGGUGUUCGGCGCCGGAACGGCCUGCGUGGUUUGUCCUGUGGGCAGCCUCCUCUACAAGGGCGAGACAUACAACAUCCCAACCAUGCAGAACGGACCCGACCUGGCCAAGAGGUUCUACAAAGAGCUUACUGAUAUUCAGUACGGACGCAAGGCCAGCGAGUGGGCGCCUGUGGUGGCUUAA